AUUUGGUCCACACAAAAAAAAAGGUUUCAGUUGGAGUUCAUAAUUUGGUGAAAGAAGAGUUGCCUGCAGAACAAACCAUUCCUGUCCAGGAAAUACAUCUCCAUCCAAAUCUGGGGAAUAUGGUGCACUCUUAUGAUUUUGCAUUGUACGAACUGCGGAAUCACAUCAAGGAAAAGGGCAGGCUGAUACAAAUGAUCGCACUUCCUUUGCCAAAUACUCAACUAUUAAGCGGAGGCGAAUGCUUUGUUGUUGGCUGGGGCAAGGCUGUGAAGGACUCGGAAAGAACCCGGGAUAUUAAAUACGCAGAAGUCAUGGCUGUGGAACUCAGUGAUGCCAAACUCAGUCUGAUUUCCUUUUCUGCCUGCGAAGAGGCCUACGGACGCAAGGUUGACCACUCAAUGAUCUGCGCUGGCUACAGAGGAGAAAGAGGGGAAAACUACAGUCCAAAAGUACUGUAA